ACAAACACAUAACAGAUAAACAUUGAUACAGAAAGUUGCAAACGUUUCACAUACUGUUUUAAUAGUCUUGUAAGUGAAUAAAUAACAAACUAUAAGCGAAACUUUUACAUGUUUUACAACUUAAAAUUAAAUACGUUUUUGAACUGUGGCUAUAUCAAAAAGACCGUGUACUUACAUAUCACCGACGUUAAAUUAAAAAGAUAAGAACAGGUGCGAUUUAAUUAGAUAACGAAAUUGCGUACUGUAUUUUGCGUUUGACAUUUGAUGAACGGAUAAAAUAUACAUCGAAUAUGUACUAGUCGUCAGGACAUUGUAAGAUACUCGAAUAUUACACUAGCCAUGAAAGAAUUGUGCUGGUUCGCUCCUACGGUGAGAAAUUUCCUUUAGAAAAUCAAACGGUAUUUGUGUCUCAUCGCUUAUACAAUUACCAUGUAUGAUUAUCAGUCGGUAACUUGCUAAAAAUUUGUAGUAAUUGGUUAGUUAUCCAAGAAAGCUGGCUAUGUGGACCGUUCGCCGAGAUUUGAAAAAAAAAUGCGUAUAAAUAUCUGAAAACAAUCUGGUAUGUUUAGAGCAGAGAAUGGCUUGUGCAUGUGCAAAGAGGGUACCGUUUGAGUAGAUUUCGCAAAGAAGGUACCGAUAUGGAUAUGCAGCUUGGUCCUGUAUUGUGCAUAAUUAUCGUCUCAUUAUAAUUAAUCUUUCAGCUAGUUUUAUUAAUAAAAUAAAGCUGUACAAAGCGGACACGAAAAUGCUAAUGGGCAGAAUGACGAUAUUGUGCAUCAGAUUUUACGCGUGUUAAAAACAUCAAAAUGUUUAAUUUGGAAUGGGGUCCAGCGAUUGCAAUACAGUGAAUCUAUGCAAAUGUACCUUUGUCAUGAAUAAAAAAACGCUUCUCCGCGUAAAGCUAUUCUGCAAAAUAUACAAUUGAUGGUACUUGAACCCCCUCCCCCACCCAAAUACUUAAAACUGAAAUAUCUUUGGUCAUGAUAUUCAUCAAGAAUCUGGAAACAAAGUGAUCCCUCGGAAGCAUUAAUCACAACAAAAUAACCUGAAAAUCGCAGACUUUUUUUAAUAUGUAACAACAAAAAUCCAGACAUUUCAGUCUCACAAUAUUUUAUCGUCAUUAAUGAAUGCAAAUGUGACAAAUCGGUUCUGAUAAUUUGAAAGUAGGUUGCACAAGGACGAGUGUUCACCUGACUAUACAUUAAUUUGGUUGAUUAAAUCAUGGAUUGUACUUGUUGUUAAUAAACUAUGAAGAAUUAAAAUGAAAGUGCAGUUGUCCUGGGUUUAAGGCACACCACCGGCACAUUAAAAUUCAUAAAUCGUCUUUCCAGUUUUAUAAAACGCUAUAGAUUGCAUUCCAUGAUAUAUUUCAGUUGAAAAAAAAGAGUUGUAAUUACUGGCUUGGCUAGUUCUGGUCCGAAAUUGUCUGUCGUGUUAUCCAACAGAUCUAAUUUUUAAAUUUCUUAUGUGGUUCAUUUAAGUUCGUAAGAAAGGGAUAACAUAAUUCACUGAAACGUUAAAGGUGAGGAUUUAUACAUUGUCGUACAGAUCACCAGCUAUCACUCCGUUGUCAUGGAAUUAACCUUAAAACGGCAAAAAAUAUGUUUAGCUGUAUUGGUCAUUAUUGCCGUUGUGCAGAUCAUCAUUCUGACUUGUUUAAAUGUAUACCGAAGACAUCUGAGGAGCAAAAGUCCAGUUUUCAAACAACAACAGAUGUGUCUGCCUUUUGACAAAUUGAUCGACGGCCAAAAUGAACAGAAAUGUCCCGAGAUGUUAUCAGUUAUGACAAGAAGAAAUGCUACCUUUUGCUGUGGUGUUGCAAGUCAGGUACUGGAAAACAUUAUACGAAAGAAAACGUACGCUCUUUAUAAUUCGGAUACUAAUCCAGAACUCCAUUCAUUAGAUUUCGGUAUAUUUAACUGCACAAUAUCUGAAGAAAGACCAACUACAUUGCAGCUCAUUGGAGUGAAGCCAUUUGUUACGCCUGGAGCCAGACAUGUGGGACAAUCACUGCAUAUAUACUGGGAUUCAAUCACAAAUGAAGGAGACGGAUUAAGUUACCUGGAUAAACAGGGAGUGAUCGCUGUCCUGAAAUCGGGCUUCUAUCAUAUUUCAACACAAGUAACCUUCAGGAUAGAUAACUCUACUUUUCCUAACGAAGGUGAUGACACCAUACGAUAUCAAGUUAUUCGCUUUUCAGCUGAAACCAAACAACAGUCAGUUCUUCUUGAAAAGCUUAUCUCAACAUGUCAAAUGCCUAGCGAACAAACUCAACUGCCUUGCUCUCUUGGUGCUGCUUUUAAACUAGAAAAAGGUGAUAAGGUGUUCGUUGUUUUUUACCAUCAUUAUCAGCUUGCAUAUGGCAAGGGAAGAAAUCUUCUCAAUAUUUAUGAAAUUUAAAUACCGAUCUGCUGGUAACAUUGUUUUUCAACCACUGUUGAUGUAGUAUUCAAUUUCAAAAAAAUAUUAAUCGGUAUAAUAUACUUAUUUGGACAGGAAAAUAACAUAAGUAACACAAAUUUUAGAUAGGACAUAUUUCCUUAGGUUAAGAUUUCUUUUGGCAGUAUUUUGUCAAAUGGAUGAAUAAAACAUUAAAUACAAUCCAUCUCGAAUAAUCUGAAAUGCAUAAUUAUAGUAUAAGAUUACAAUAUAUUAAAGCCCAUAUGACUGAUUUCAUCCCGGGCUGUCAGAUUUGAUUUUAGUAAAAAAAAAACAAGACUUACGCUCGGAUAUCUAAAGAUUUAUGGGUUUGUUCAGAUAUAAUCAAUUAGAACUAUAUUUUGAAAAAGAGAGCAAAUGCAGAAACAUCAGUUAACCUUUAUAUUAAUGAUGUAAUAACUGAUUGAUACAUAAAUCAAUUUUUCCACAUUCCGGACAAAGGGAAGAGAAAUCACAUAUGUAUAAGUAAACAUGUCUGUAAGCACUGGUCUCCGAAACGAUGUAAAAAGUUUCAUUGUAAAUCCAGCCAUGACGUUUUGUUUCUAUGAGAUACAGCCAUGAUGAAAAAAUAAAACUUUAGAAAGCACACCAUGGCCAGAGGCAGAAAGACAGACAGUGUGGGUUUAAGCGUUUAAAAGUGCAGAUACUCAACCAAAUUGAAAUUCAAGAGCCACAUGACUUCUAAAGGGAGAAAACAAGAAUAACUUUUAAACUUUAUAGUAUGACAUAUUUAUAUCCCUUCUAAUAAAAAACAUUAAUGAAAUACAAGAUCCCGGAUUAUGCUUAUUGUACUAGUUUGAAAACUUAAGGACACAUCUGUGGAUGUCUUUAUUUUUUAUGUUAAAUGUUAAAGUCUGCUUAACCGGUGCUAGGGACGUUAAAGGUAGUCUGAAAAUUUCGGUACCGUUCAUGGAUAGGCUAUACAUACCAAACCGACCCUUCAACACUUAACAAAUUGCUCAAAUGAUAGCAUAUUCGAAACAAUAACUUUCCUUGUUUUUGUUUUGUGUUUUUAAGUUAAAGUGUUUUAAUUUUUUUUCAUUCUUUGAUCUAUCUUUAUAAAUUGACUUACUGUAUUUUUAUAUUAAUUUCUCUUCCUAUUUAUAAUAUUUUCUAGAAAUUGUACACAGCACCUAGAGCCUCCUGUCAUUAUAGUAACUGAUCAGACAGACCGCAAUAAAUUUAAUGUUUAGAGCUUACAGGGAGGUCAUUGUAAUGCUUCCAGGUUCCAAGUACUGUGUACUGAUAGUUUUUUAUUUUAUAUAAUACCCCACAAAAUUAAAAAUCAAGUCUACGUGUAAGAAAUUAUCUUGUUUUAACAACAAUGUUUCAAGGAAACCCAUAUGAUGAUGUGUUAAUCCUUUAUACGGUUAUACAAUCAUAACUACAUUUUAGCGGGCCGGAAAAAAACUUAAUAUAACCUGCUCUGGCUCUCACUAUACUAUAGUCAAACUGCCCAGACUAACAUAUCCAUAACAAUGCCUGUUUAGACUUAAAUCUUAUUAUAAGUGAAAAUAUUAUACUAAACUAAUGGUUGAAAUUCAAUACAACUUCAUACAAUGGUCAAGCACAUGAGAAAGUGCAGUGCACAAGAACUACAACUCUAUCUUCACUAAUUACAAAAUUAUUGCCCUUUGUUACUUUUCCUUGUCCAGAGCAUAAGUUGAAAACUACUGGUUAGAAUUCAAAACAACUUCAUACAAUGGUCAAGCACAAUAAGGGAAAGUGCAGUGCACAAAGUUAUAACUCUAUCUAAAGAAAUAGCAGAGUUAUUGUCCUUUGUUAUCUUUCUAUUGCUUUCUUUUGUCCGGACCAUAACUUUAAGACUAAUAGUUUGAAUUCAAUAUAACUUCAUACACUGGUCAAGCACAUUGAGAGGAAGUGCAGUCCACAAGAACCAUAACUCCAUCUUGACUCAUUAUAGAGUUAUUGCCCUUUAUUUCUUUUCCUUGCCCUAGGCAUACCUUGAAAACUACUCGUUUGUAAUUAAAAACAUCUUCAUACAAUAGUCAAGCACAAUAAGAGGAAGUGCAGUGCACAAAAACCUUAACUCUAUCUAAAGUAAUUACAGUAUUGUUGCCCUUUGAUACUUUUACAUUGUUUUUAUUGUCCGGAGCAUAACUGGAAGACUAAUUAAUGGUUGGAAUUCAUUACAACUUCACAAAAUGAUCAAGCAUAUUGAGAGAAAAUGCAGUGCACAAGAAUCAUAACUCUAUCUUGACUUAUAACAGAGUUAUUGCCUUUUGUUACUUUUCCUUGUCUGGAGCAUAACUUGAAAACUAUCACUUUCAAUUCAAUACAACUUCAUACAAUUGUCAAGCAUAUUAAAGGAAGUGCAGUGCACAAGAACCAUAACUCCAUUUUGACAAAUUACAGAGUUUUUGCCCUUGAUACUUUUCUUGGUCUGUAGAAUAACUUGUAAAGAAUUGGUUGGAAAUUUAAAAUAACUUCAUACAAUAGUCAAGCACUAAAAGAGGAAGUGCAGUGCACAAGAACUAUAACUGUAUCUUCACUAAUUACAGAGUUAUUGCCUUUUGUUACUUUUCCUUGUCCAGAGCAUUCCUUGAAAACUACUAGUUGGAAUUCAAUACAACUUCAUACAAUUGUCAAGCACAUAAAGGGAAGUGCAGUGCACAAGAACCAUAACUCCAUUUUGACAAAUUACAGAGUAAUUGCCCUUUGAUACUUUUCCUUGUCUGGAGCAUAACUUAAUAAGUACUUACAACUCCAUACAAUAGUAAGAGGAAGUGCAGUGCACAAGAACCAUAAUUCUGUCAAGAGUUAUUAUUGAGUAAUUGCCUUUGUUACUUUUCCAUUGCUUUUUUUUGUCCAGAGCAUAACUUGAAAACUACUAGUUGAAAUUCAAUACAAUUUCAUACAAUGGUCAAGUAUAUUGAGAGAAAGUGCAGUGCAUAGAAACCAUUACUCUUUCUUGACUCAUUAAAGAGUUUUUGCCCUUUGUUACUUUUUAUUGUCCAGUGCAUAACUUGAAAAUUAAUGGCUGGAAUUCAAUGAAACUUCAUACAAUGGUCAAGGGCAGUGAGAUAAAAUGCAGUGCACAGGAACAAUAACUCCAUUUGGACUAAUUACAGUAUUGCCCUUUAGUACUUUUUUGUCAAGUGCAUAACUUGAAAACUAGUAGUUGGAAUUCAAUACAACUUCAAACAAUGGUCAAGGACAAUGAGAGGAAGUGCAUUGUAUAAAACCCAUAACUCCAUCUUCAGUAUUUGUAGAGUUAUUGCCCUUUGUUCCUUUUCAUUGUCCGUUGCAUUACUUAAAAACUAAUGUUUAGAAUUCAAUGCAACGUACUACAAUGGUUGAGCGCAAUGAGAGGAAGUACAGUGCUCAAGAAACGUAACUCUUUCUCGAUUUAUUACAAUUGAGUAAUUCAAUAAAACUUCAUCAAUGGUCAACCACAUUGAAAGGAAAUGCAACAUACAAGAACCAAAACUAUAAUUAAUUGCCCACAUCCAUAACUCUAUUAAAAUUCGUUUACAAGGUAUUUUGUUACUUGUUACUUCCUCAUUUCCAAACAGUCUCGCGGGGGUAUUAAUCAUAUAUAGUGAUAGUUCUAGUUAAAUCUGGGGAAGAAGGUAUAAUUUUGUAAUUUAAAUCUUCUUUUAUUGUAUGUAAAUAUUGUGAUUGUCUGUAAUUACCUUUCAGUAUUUAAUCAGGAAAAGACUUUGAUAUAAAUCAUGUUUUUAACGUGUUAUGUGAUUUUCUUGUUUUCUUUUAUUUUUUAUAUUAUCCAUGAGUAAUAUAUGUUUUAACAAUGACACUAUUUAUGCUGUAUUCAAGAAUUAGGUUGUUUAUUAUCAACUGCAUUUUAAUAUAUCAGGUAACUGACAAUUGCCUCAUGUGAUAGGACCAGACAUAUCAUUGUGACUUUUUGAUUUCAUUUUACUUAUGCCUUUAUGACUUUUACAUAUUCUUAAGGUUGAUUGUUAAAGUAACAGAACCUGUUAUAAUUAUUUAAUAAAAUAUUGGAUUGCAGUGUCAUUGAUAUGAAUAAUAUAGAUACCAGUAUAUGUUAAUAAUAUGUUUAUGUAUAGCAAAGACUUUUCACUCGAAUGAUUUACUGUAAUGAUAUCAUAUUAUAGAUACUAAAACAGGAAUAUGCCAGUGUCUUUGAUACAUAGUUUGAAUGAUGUCGAUAAAUAUAAAUGUUUUCAGAAAUAUUCGAUACAUGAUUAUAUAUUGUAAUAUUCCACGCUUGUAGCAUCCAAUAUCUAAAGAAAUAAUUAUACGAACCCCAUCAAUGUAUGAAGUGAGUGUUAUGAGGCUUUUAAUAGUUCCAUAAUAUUCUACGAAAAUUCCAACACUAGUCUAUAGUUACUUUAUCGCAUUCCAUACUAUCAUUAUUCACACAAUAAAAACUGCGUAUUUACAGUAUUGAUUACGCAUCUCAUACAUGGACAUUUUAGUAAAUUGUCUGUACAUUUUGAUAAAUAUUUUGCUUCGAAAUAGGGAUACCUGUAUAUGGUACGAUACUACCUAGCUUUUUUGACAUGCAUUUUAUGAAAUUGCAUGUUUUCGUAAAGACAUCAGGUCAGAAAAUAUUAUUCUUAUUUUGCAAUGUAAACUUCACCAGUUCUCACGAUGAUUGUAUGUAAUGUAUGUAUUCGUCUCAUGUUGAUUUUAAAUGUAUGUUUCUAGUAUUUUUGUACUUUAAAUAGAAACUAGAUGGAUAAAAACUAAUGUUUGGUAACAGAUGACACAAAUUUGAUUAUUAAUCUGUUUAAAAAUUAAUUAAUAAUUAUUAUAUUAUCAUUAUAUGCAUAAUUGUCUCAUUAUAUGUUUAAUGAACUACAGAACAUUGCGAUGGGCAUUAUGGAUCUUGAAAUCUUGAGUCCUGAUUCAAAUUAUAGCCAUAUGUUACUGUAACAGUUAUUAAACUAUUUAAUCAACUUUUAAGAUUUUUCCCAGAUAAUCAACGACAGAUCCAUAAAAAAUAUGAAAAAUGAUAAUAAUAAUAAUAACAAUAACCAUAAUUUAAACUAUUCAAAACAUUUUUCUACACGGGUCAUAAAACUUUACAUUUUAAGAAUAAAGUAUUUUUUUACCUAUAGUUGACGUGCAUUGUCGAUAAUACUCAAAUAUGCUUGGUGCAAUCAUUAGGUUUGUUUUAAUUCCUUCACUUUCGGUUACUGUAUCGUGUCCAUUAGAUAAUUCUACCUGUGACAUUGUCUUAAUCUAUACAACAGCCUUCACAUACGUUCCCGAAAUAUUGAACUCAUUAUUAUAUACAGUAUCGGAUUGGCGAUAAAUGUCACCAAAUACGACGUACGAAUGAUAUAACCUAUAACUUGUAAAUCUCCCGGUACAAUUAAACUGCUUCUGGCCAAUGAGUUCACAACGUUAACACAUACCACUGAUAUAAUAUUGAUAGAAGUAAUCAGAAACAUUUUCUCUGUUCUUGAAGUAGAACUGAUAAUGAAAAAAUGUAAUACAAACUGUUGUCCUAAUUUGUACU